AUGGCUCCUCCUGGGGAAGAACGUCCUCUGGCCUCGUCCAGUCACGACGGCAACAAACUGCACCUUCUUUCUCUGCCUUCAGAGAUCUUAGAAACCAUUUUCAAACAUGCUGGCCUGAGUGAUCUGUUCAACCUGUCGUUGGUCUGCAAACCAUUUCACGAACUUGCUUCUGAGCACAUGUAUCGCAAAGUCAACCAUGUCUUUGCCAACAGUGAAACGUAUGCUGGCCAGCGCUCGUUGGACCGUCUCAUAGCCGUGCUGGAAACCUUGAAUACCAGUGACCACAACUACUCGAGGCACGUCAAGGCAAUUGCCCUAGACAGUGUGAACGCAGUGGACCCCAAGAAAUCCUCUAAGUUCAAAUGCGGCUAUAACUGUGGAAGGUUUCUCAAUUCCCUCCUCGUGUCAACGGUCAAUAAAACUAUCGGUUUGGAAACCUUUAAAUGGGAUGCCGAUUUGGAAGUUACCCACUCCUUGUUUCUGGCCCUUAGCAAAAUCCAGGGCUUCCAAAAUCUGCAUGUACGCCUUCAUAUGGCCACGGCUCCAGUGCCUGCUACAAAUGCCCCUUCUGUGCUGCUUGGUCCCUUGCAAAAUCACCACCAGCACUUCCAGAGCAAUGGCCCGCCAUAUGGACCAGCAACUCAAGCCUCGUUGGCCAUGGAUCCAUACUUGUUCCAAACUCUCGAGUCGUCCAAAUCUUCUGAAACCCUUUCUCUUUUCACAGGACUCAAGAGCUUGUCAGUGUUGGAUAUUGGUAGUGUCGAAGUCAUUCCAGAAAUAGCCCUGUGUAUAUCUGGAUGUUCCUCCACACUCAGAUCUUUAAAGUUGUCUUUUUCUGACAGCUUCGCCCUCGACCCAAAGAAGAAUGCCGCUAACGAAACGGACACGGAUUCUUCGUCGGAUGAGGAAGACUUCAUCACUUUGCAGCCGCCACCUGGGCCUUCUACUUUUCCCAACCCAGGUAAUCCCUUCGGUAUGCCGCCAGUACCCUCCCCAGGGGAAGAAAAUACCAACCAGGGGCACAAAGCGCACGAAAAUGCUUUGUCGCAGAUAUUCGGAUUAGAUUUGUCGAUAUCUGAUCGUCAGCGUGACCAGGCGCUUGAAAACUCCGUUGCUUCUGCUGCUAAUCAAAAGGCCGAAAAGAUGAAACUUUCCGACGAAGAGGAAGAUUACAAGUUUGUUCGUACACUACAGCAAAUCGCCCAGGCUUUGCCUUUGAUCGCGUUCAGCAGCGAGCAGACUCCACAAACGCUGAGGGCAGUGGAAAAAAUGGAAAAAGCAACCACCCGGUACCUUGAGAAAAACGCAGAAAAGGUGGCUGUUGCAAAACGCAGAAGUUCCGCUGGCGAAGGUGCUAGUUCAAGCUCCAAGGUGCAACUGACGAAUUCGGACGUCCAAGACAACAAUGCCCCUAGUUCACUGCCACAGCCCUCGGCCUCGCCUUUUGAAAUAGGUCAGCCGGGCGCGAGUUUGAACAAAGACAAGCAAGCGUCUAUCCGUGAAAGCCCGGGGAUUUCUGUUACCGUUGAAGAAAUUCCGCCCGAACUUGUUGACAUGGACUGCCCUGACCUGGUCGAAGACGCUGAAGAAGACCAGGAGUUCGUGGAGCCCGGUCCAAGUAACGCAAGCGACGGGGAUCUGACGCCAACGGCCAGCUCCUAUCAGAAUGGCAACAUGAACAUUCUUCAUUCUUCCAGUCCGAAGAACGCCAAAGGCAAAGAGGCCAUGAGAAGAUCCCCAAGUCCAGCUAACACCGUUGUCAAGGUGGGCUCGGUACACGCAGCAGAAGAGCAAUCUGUCGAAGGUUACAUCCGUGAAAACCAUGGAAUACCGUUGGAGAGCCUUUCCAUCUGUCUGAUUCCUCUGAGCCCACUUGUUAUCAUUCGUGCUGUCGAUGUUCGUGCACUUAAACAUCUGUCACUGCUCAAUGUCGGUGCACAACGCAACCUGUGGGCAAUGCUCGAGCAACUGCACUAUGUGCGUCCUUGCCAAUUGACUUCAAUUCACACGGAUGAUGUUACGCCAUCUUUCUUAAGCUUCGUCAAUAGUCUUGACAAGGUCACUGAGCUUUUCAUGCUUGAGCGCCGCGGCAUCACAAAACCAGAGCCCUUUGCAUCUAAGACGCCGGUCAAGAUUGACGAUAUCAGGAAACAGGUAUUCGAAAAGCACCUCAAGCACUUGCAGAGGCUCAUGAUUCGCAAUGACGAUGAUGCGAACUGGGCCCUUGACGUCCAGGCUAUUCGCAUGCUUACCAGCCUGGGCUCCAACUUGAUUGAAAUGGCGAUUGGACUGAACAUGUCUAGUUUUCAUUACUUCUUGCAGCAACUUGGUGGACUGCGGUCGCUCAAGGCUCUGCAGGUUUUCUACUUCCAUCCCGACAUGUGCAACUCCAUGCUGCGGGAACUGCGCACAUGCAUCAUCAACCACAUUUUGCACUUUCGGUUCUUGCGUACUGAAUAUGUUGCAAUGUGUUACUCGUUGGGUGGCCCAACCCAGAAUAAUGCGAUUCAGUUGAAGACAAAACUCGGUCGGGUCACCACUGCCACGCAAAUGCAGGAUCCCAAAUCUGUUGAUGACAAUUUUUCUUCCCCUGGCACUCAUGAUGGAAGGAGCGCGUCCACCAGCCCAUCGGAAAUGGAAGUUUUCAUGAGAGACGGUAUCAAGGUCACUGACAUUGCUGGUGUUAAAAUGUGGGAGAAGGAAAUUUGGGCUUUGAAGUUGUGA